AUCAGCCCAUAGGUAUGGGCCAGGAGGGGCCUCCUGUGCCUACUAGUAGGCUCAGAGGGCUGUUAUCAACCAUUCACAUGCUUAAUCACCCACACAUAUACAAGUGAAGACUCCAGAUCCAAUCCCAGAAUUCCUGUGCUCACCUGUGAUCGGAGGUCUACUGGACGAACGCGGCAACGUUGCGAUAUUUCCAGCGUAAUAUUUUCAGGUAAGACUAUUAAUAUGAUACAACUGAGCAUUUAAACUGUUAUUAAUUAGCCAGUAAGGGAAAAUUGCGUGCCAUGAUUGUUGGCAUGAGAUAACCGUAUUGCGAUGUGUCUGCAAACGUUAUUGCUGACGUUAGGCCAUAUUACGUUAUUAGCCUGUCGUAACGUUAACGUUGCAUGCUUUAUGUGUGCAUUAACGUUGCUAAUAAGCAUGUUUUUACGUACAAACGCAACUUCUUUGUGCUGUUACUCCUUUCGAGCUGAAUCUCACAUAAUUGGUUAGCGCCUGACAGCAUUAUGUGUUUUAUUUAUGGGGAGUAAUAUAAUUUAUUUAUUUAAAUAAAUGUAAUAGAUUAGAUAUAAUAUUUAGGCUAUAAUAUUAUAAAUUCGGUUUGUUUGUAUUGGUGACGUAAUAUGUAAAUUAUAUUUGUGCGGCACGCGAAACUUGCACUUGGACAGCAGUGCAACCCACUGGAAAAAAAGUUUGAGAACCACUGCAUCAGAGCGUAUACUACAAUUGCGCCCCAUCGGCAAAAGUUAUUUUUCAUAUUAAUGUUUCAUAUGUACUGUUUUAUUUGCACUCUGAUUUGCGUUUCGUGUAGCUCAGUUGGUAGAUUAUUGCCUUAUACCUUGAUAUGUAAUCAUUCUAUCAUGGGUUCGAUCCCAGGGAACGCAAGUGCACGAAAAUGUAUAUGCUCAAUAAAUCAUAAUUUAGCAUGAUUUCAGUGAGGGUUAGGGGUUGGGGUUAAAUGUGGUCAUUCGAACGAAUAAGCCACCUAGUAAAAUAUGUACGAAAUACUGUGAGAUCGGUGUAAAUAGUCCACACAUUGCAUUUAAAUAAACCUGCGUUUUGAUUGGUAAUGACGUAACACGUCAUUUCAUGACGACAGACGCAACGCUUCGUCAAGGUGCUUACACAAACGUCGUUUAUGGUCGUUUUUUAUUUGAGGACUGCCUUUCUGUUUAGCUGUCUGUCUUACAUUAGGUGUCUUUGUUACAUUAGUGGCUCUUUACCUAACUUUUUUAUCUUCCUUUACAGCAUACAUUUCCAGCUGUUUGCAAGGACUUCUGUGGCAAGUUUGUUUUAUUGCUCCAUGUCUUUGUUGAACCAUCAAAAAUUUGGUUAUGGGCUGUUUAGAAUUUAUUGUUCACAAAUCUGUCUUGUACAAAUUUCUCUCUGUUUAUGUUUUAGGUUGAAGAUGGCCCAGAGAGAGAGAACUCACAUUAAUGGGAAUCAAAAGGAAACCCUCAAAUCAUUUUUUAAAGAUGGAAUGACACGAGUUGGUUCACAAUUAAUACCAAGAGCUGCAUCAGCUACUGGUUUGGACACCAGUGUGGUAGAAAACUGGAUAGGUAAUUACAAAAGAUCUCAAACGACUAAUGCUUCAUCUGAGCCCCGUCCAUCAAAGGCCAAAGUUCAAAUUAGAGAGCUGUCGCCUUACAAUCUUUUUUGUAGGGACAUACUCAAAAACAAAGGCACAAUGAAUGAUAUAAAGGGCAGGUGGGCCACAUUGGGGGAAGAUGCAAAGCAGAAAUACAUCCAGGAGGCAGCAGCACUGAGGGCACAUAGGCAGGCACAGGACCUAAACCCUGAGAUGAGGGAUGCCCGAAUUAAAAUGCACCUUAAGAAGCUGAAGUUAGAGGUGUCCAAGCUUGAGGAUUUGGGUGUGGAAACCGCCAUUUUAUCAUUUGACCGCAAGAAGUCCUCAUUAGAGGUGUUUGAACUGAGCAGCAAAGGAGCCACUGAUUUUCUCGAUUCAACAGACACAGUGAACAACUUUGCACUGCAUUUCAAAGCCAGCUCCUCAGCCGCAACACCCUGUACCAGAGAACAUGUCAGUGUUCUGGUAGGAAAAGUGAAAGAUCUAUUCAACAGAAAAUAUAAGGAGGCCGGAGGUACCGGAAGGCUCCCCUACCAGUCCCUAGUGAAUCAGGGCUUGACUAUUAAAGUUUCUGGACUGCCCAACAGCCUUACCCUGAAAAAGCCUUCCUUUUAUGGAAGGAACCAAUUGGUUGGAAUUUUGCAAGCUGCAGAUGAGAUUACAUUUGAAAUGGAGGCAUCACAAUGUAGCCACACUGACAUGGGGAAUGCAGAGGGAAUGCCCGAGCAAAUGGAUGCAGAAGACACAGCAGAAGGCAUCCAGCCGAAGGCAGUGGAGGAAAUUUUAGAGGCCGUGUGUGAAAAUGGUGUACAGCAGAUGGAAGAGUCCUCAGAAACAGCCACCACUGUAGCCAUUGUGAUGACUGAAGAUAAAGAUGGAGGCAAUUUGUGCUGUGUCUGCCACAUCCAUUUUGAUGAUCGGAAAAAGAAUGCAAGAAAGAAGUGGCGCUCAUGGUCCCAGUGCACAGUGUGCGAAUCUUGGUCACACACAGCAUGUGGCUUUAAAAAGAACAUGUGCGUUCACUGCCAGGGUCAAGACACCAUGCAAACACCCUGAAUAAGUAUCAUGUUACUUGUUUGGGUUGUUUUUACUGUGUUGAUGGCCCCCAACCCAUAAACACACACACACACACACACACACGAUACAAACAUAUGCUCAUAAUUUAUUGUAAUGACUGCACUUCACAAUAAGAAGAAAAUUGUGAUAUUUUUGUUAUUUUCAUCCAUACCAAUUUUUAUUUAUCAUUGUUGUUUCUUGGCACUAUCAUUGUGGUCUCCUUUUAUACAGGACUUACGUAGGGACCAAUAAAGUUUUAUUGUACUGAA